AUGGCAGCCGAAGUGGUCGGUGGAGCUUUCCUCUCAGUUUCCCUUCAGGAGCUGUGUCGAAGUAUCCGUUGGAUGGUUGACUUGUUUAGUAGAAAUGAAGUAAACGAUGGGCUGGUCAACAAGUUGGGGAUCAUGUUAUCCUCGGCCAGUGGAGUGCUGAAUGCUGCUGAGACCAAACAAAUCACAGACAAGCAUGUGAGGGAGUGGCUUUUCAAACUCAAAGACGCCAUCUGCAAUGCAGAGGACUUGGUGGAUGAGAUGAACAGCGAGGCUCUGCAAUCUGGGCUGGAGGGACAAUCUAGAAGCGGCAUAUUUUUCAAGGUACGCAAUUUUUUGCCAUCCAAAUUCAGUUUUAAGAAACUAGAAAAAGGGAUACACGAGAUCCUUGACUUGCUACAAUUUAUUCUGGACAAAAAAGAUCUACUUGGUUUGAAAGCUGACACCAGACCUUUCUUUGGAUCACCAUCUGAAACUAGUUGGGUGAAAGAAUCUGAUAUUUGUGGAAGAAAUGCUGAUAAAGAAGCCAUCCUUAACUUGUUAUGUGAUGAAAAUGAAGGCCGCAGUAAUAUAUCUGUUAUUCCCAUCGUGGGCAUGGGUGGGAUUGGCAAGACCACUCUUGCUCAGAUUGUUUACAUGGAUAUUGACAAAAGGGUCAUGAAAAAGCGUUUCAAGAUUAAAAGUUGGAUUAUGGUUUCAGAUGAAUCCAGUGUCUUUGCAUUAACAAAAAAGAUUUAUGAGAAAGUCACUAAUUCAGAGAAUUGCCGUAUUGAGGACAAGUUCCAACUGCAACUUGAAUUGAGCAAGUUUUUGGAAAACAAAAAGUUUCUCAUUGUUCUUGAUAAUGUUUGGAGCUUGAAUUCUCAAAGCUGGCAUGAGUUAAGGAGUCCAUUUGAAUCUGCAGCUUUUGGAAGUAAGAUUCUUGUGACAACACGCGAUGAGAAUAUUGCAUCGGGGAUGGGUAGCGUCCCAAAUCAUUUCCUCCAACUACUAGAGGAGGAAGAUUGUUGGAAGCUAUUUUCGAAACGGGCCUUUAAUAAUGUAGACCCAAGUGCACAUCCAAAGUUGAAAAAAAUUGGUAAACAAAUUGUUGGAAAAUGCAAAGGCCUUCCUUUAGCAAUAACAUCACUUGCUGGUCUUCUGUUUAAUGAUCUAACUCCUAAGAAAUGGGAAGAUGUACUUCAUGAUGAAAUAUGGGAUUUACCUCAAGCUUGCAACAUUCUUCCAGCUCUAUGGUUAAAAGGUCUAUUGCUACCCAAACAUAAUAAGAUGCUAGAAGAUUUGGAGAGGAGUACUUUAAUGAUCUAG